UCGCAAGAUGGCGGAAAGCGGUGUGAGCUAUCGAGAAGUUCUUCAAUGCCCAAGAUACCAGAACAAAUGGCGAGAUAUAUCUGUCAAUACAGGUGGUGCUCCUAGUCCUCUUCAAGACAUCAAACUUCCAGAGAGUGCAGGUGGCUUCGCAUUCAAAGAUGGUGGAAGAGAUGGCUCGCCAGUUAGGAACAGAUUUAUCUAUUGGCGCAUUAACCAUGAUGUACUUGAGCUUGUUGAGCAGUCAAUGGACACAAACCUGAUUGGAAGCUGUGUGCGAUAUAGGUUCCAAGACACCCCCAUUCUGAGUGGCAUCAGCAUCGUUGAAAGUCACAGUGAUGUCGUGAUACUGGUCGCGACCGUAUCAAGCGUGCACCGAUUGUUAUUUUCACAUCCAACCAGGAUCAGCACACGCACUGUGGAUCCAAUCCAAUGUGCUGAUGGCGAGAGAACAGCCUGGUCAAUCUUCCACGAUGCCUCCAUCAACAAGGUCGCAUCCCACCCGAUCCAAACGAAUGGUAACCCUGCGUAUCAAAUACAUACGUCAGCAACAUGGCUGACCACCGAAGGGGAUUCCCUCUUUGCCAUGGCAACCAACACUGGCAGUAUCUUACUCAUUAAGAUGCCACCUCAUGUACAAAGUUUGAUCAUCCAGUAUGAAUUGAAGCAGUCAUCUGUCAUGCACAGACUGUGGACUGGGCUUGUGCCUGCUAUGAUUAGGGGCGGUCAGGAGGCUAAUGACAUGGUACAGAGUUUAUGUUUCUACUCUGUUGGAGGGGAGCCGUUUAUAUUCUCGGUGUGCAAGGACCAUAAAAUCCGGAUGUGGGCUUGUAAGAGUCUUGAGUGUCUGAUUGCCGUCGAUGUCCUCGACUUUCUCCCAGGUCAUGUCGACCCACAGAUGCUAUCAAUAGGGGUGAAUGGUCACAUGAUCAGGAAGGCCAAUGGCACAGGAGGAGGGAUACCCGUACCCUAUCUUGGGGUGUUCCUGAGUUUUUCCGAUCGGUGUCAGUUCUGCAUCCUGCAACCAAUUCUUGUUGAUGGAAGAUACCAACUGAAGCACAUCACCAACGUUUUUGCACCCAGUGAAGAUCUUGUUGAUUUCUGCCUGACUAGCUCACACCUCUGGGCUGUGUGGACCAACAGUGAAAGUGAGACAUUUGCACGUUGUGUCUGCAUUGAUGUGACAAGUGGAAGCGUAGGUGAAUGGCAUCAAGUGUACUUGGAGCCUGCAGAGAGCAGCGAGUUAGAGAUCGCAGCAGAUAAAGAUCCAAGAGAGAGCUACAUGGAGGCCAUCUUUAAGCCAGGCAAAUUCUUCACACAUGACAUCAUCAAGGCGCUAAAUAUUUACAGGCGUUCUAUGGAUGUGCACCUACCGGUGGACCAGGCAGUCUCGUUCAACACGCUAAAGGAUGAAGUCACCUUCGUUUUAGAAGAUGAGAUCCAGCGUUGUGCUCAAGAGUUUGAGAUGGCUGAAGAAGAAGUUCUGAAUCUCCAAAUCCAACAGUGGGGGAAGUUCUACUCCAGUUGUGUGCACUAUCAUGAGGUUGGAACACGUAGUGUAGGUCUCUUCACCGAUUUCUCCAGCGGUCUCAUCUGCCUGGUGAAGAAGAGUUGUAUCUCCAUCCUGCGGCCCUGUGAGACCACCGAGCAGCUCUACCUCUCGCCUGCCGGGACACUCAAACUGCAGUUCUUUGAGGAUAUGCACAUCAUGCUGGGUGAAACACAAGCACACAGAGAUCUCCUUUCUUUACUGAAGUGUAUACAGAUUGUUAGAAGCUACUUGACUCCAGAUAUGGUCGGCACGUUUGAUGACGAGAUGUACCGCUUGGGGUCGCCACAAAAUCUAGCAUCACAAGCUGUGACAAUACUUCUGACAGAUGCUGAAGCAAGAGGUGUUGACCCACUGAACGGCAAUAUUGUCAAAGAAGUCAAAGCCAAUAUACAAAAUGUUGUGGACUUGAGUCGUGCUCUGGAAAAUCUCGUGCAAGGUUUAGAUGUGAUGACGUAUGACAUGGCACAACAAGAAAACGGAGAAGUAGACACUGCAAGGAAUACGUGUAGCCAUCUUUACUCCAGUAAUGACGCCAUAGCAAUCCUGUCUAGGAGUCUCUGCCAUCUCGUGGAGACUCGCGUCCACAUCACCCGUGAUCUCCUCAUCCUCGAGACCAUUCUUGUAGACACCAGCGUCGGCGAUCAAGCAGGACUCUCCCUGGAUUUGUUGGAGAGAAUAUCCUCUGAUCUGAUUCCGAGGACGACUAAGUUAUUGCAUGCGUAUCACAGCGUGAAUUGGAUGAUCACUUGUCCUGCUACGCCAGUUCAGAAUAGCACAUUAGAAGCUAGCCUGAGACAACUUGCUGCUUUAGAUCUAUCCGAGUCUUCAGCCGCAGCAAAUCAGCUCAUAGGUGCACAGAAUCUCAGUCUAUUGGAGUUGUUCCUGCAUGGCAUCGGAGGAAGCCAGACGCGAUACCUCCUCGCCAAUACCGAGUUACUGGAGGAGGAGAGGACGGCCUUCUGGACUGUACCUCUGCAGCUACUAUGGCCGCUGAAUGGUUCAUUUCUCUUCCCAGAAUUCCUCAUGGAGAAAUGUCAGUAUCUUCAACUUCAGGAGUAUGUGCGCCUCCUGUCAGGCUGGUGCGAACUAAAUCUGUCAUCGAGGAUGUUUCUGUUGGGACAUUGUUACCUGAACACACGUGAGCCGUACAAGGCUGUUGACUGCUUGCUCAAUGCGUCUCAUGAUGUGUCUGACGAGGUGUUCCUGUUCGACCGGCUCCUUCAAGUUCCCCAACCAGAGGAUGUAGACGGCAAAAAGAUGACCAUACUGUAUUACCUCAAGGUGAUCAAGUUGUUUGAACAGUUUGAUUAUCCCGACAUUGUGAUCGCCUUGGCAACGACAGCCAUUAGCAAGGCAGACGAUGAUGACCUAAACCUGCCCACACUUUGGUCGAAAAAGUUCAAACAACAUUUAGAACUGGGUCACAAUGAGGAGGCGUACUCAGCGAUGAUCAGUAACCCUGACCCUAGCCGCAGGAAGGAUUGUUUACGUCAGUUCUUGGUGGUGCUCUGUGAGAGACGACAGCUACAUGCCUUGGUGGAGUUCCCUUACGUUGACAUGUAUGAUGAUGUGGUGAGCAUCAUGGAAUCACGGGCGAGAUCGGUGGACCUGUCAACUCACAACUAUUACAACUUACUUUAUGCAUUCCACACAUUCAGAGGCAAUUUCAGGAAAGCUGGUAAUGUGAUGUAUGAAUACGGCAUGAGGCUUGGAAGGGAAAUGCCCGGCCUGAAGGGUCUCCAGAGACAGGCCAAGUGUUACCUCGCUGCCAUGAAUGCUCUACAACUUGUGGACCCAAAAUAUGCCUGGAUUGUCACUCCAUCAAUUCAACCCAGAACUGUGACGGACGACCAAGACGGUGGACGAUCACCGAAACGGAAUUCUGACGGAGAUGAAAUUGUGACGGCCAAGAAAUCCAGUAUGACUGUUUUGGAAUUGAGUGACUUGGAAAAGGAGUAUCUGUUAAUUCACGCUCGGUUGAAACUGCUCAAGAAAGAUUGUCGACCGUCACAUACAACAGGCCCUACUCCCUCCGCUGACGAAAUGGCUGCCCUCCUCACAACUGCCGGGCUUUUCGACCAAGCCAUCCUCGUCUGUCUAGAAUUCAAACUCCCGCUGACUGUUGUCUUCGAAGGCCUCGCAACGCGGUGCAUCUGGUUGUCGCAGGGUAGCAGCCACCACAUGGUGGGAGACAAUGAUUACACGUCCUCCGCCUGGGACUGGUUGAGCGAUAAUGAGCUUGGAGCAAGGCACACCACAAAAGAAGUCAAUGCUCCGGACGAAGCAUGGCGUCUCCUCAACCAGUUCCUGAACAAAUAUGAAGAAAAAGGCCAUUCAGUUUACCACCGGUGUGUCAGUAAAAAGCUACUCUCUCAGGGAUAUGGCCUUCCUAGCUGGCUGCUGGCAUCUUAUAAGAAAGUGAAUCUUGCUGAGCUUCUCCGCCUCCAGCUUGACCACAACCUACUUGAAGAUUCGUUUGAAGUGAUCAUAGAAUACAUCGAUGCCGUGCUUGGCAAAGGAAAAGAAUACUUUGGACUUAAGAAUUCACUUCACUGUGCUGCCCCUAGUGUCUGGAUGCCUUACACAUCGAUAGACCAGCUCCUGUCCACAUUGAAAGACUCCAAAACAGACUCUGAUAAGGAUCUCUACAAUGCACUCAAGGAGAAACUUCAGGCGUACCACAUGGUGUUGGAGAAAGUGUCGCGGGAUCGACUGGACGCUGCUGUGAGUCGGGGACAUACGUCAAUGCUCCAUCAGUCAGUCAUGCUAUUCUAAGGAAAUAUUGACAAUGAGAGUUAAUGGGGAGGAACUCUGUAGACAUUUGAUCUUUUUGCAAAAUAACCAACCAACAGGGACACGUCAAGUCACGUCUAGAGGACUGUUAAAUCAAGGAAAGCAAUAGCAUUCUCAUCAACUAUAGUGUAAUGUGACAUUCUGAGAGGACUGAUCUUACCUGAUGGUAUGAUGGUGCAGGAAAUCGUGUGCAAGUCAUUUAUAACAUGCAUUUAAAUCCCUAAUGCAUUUAUGUUGCCUGUUUUGUAAGCCUUUUGUAUCGUGAAUAAACUUAUCUUUGUGAA